AUGAUUUUUUCAGAAUUCUGGGAAGAACACUUCCAAUGUCGAUAUCCAAGAAGUAUGAGAACACCAUACAACUCUAAUUAUUCAAAUGAAUGUGACUCUAAGUUCCAUCUAAGAGAAAAAAUACCAAAGUUUGAAAACCAAUUACAAUUUGUCAGCGAUUCUGUGCUAGCAUUUGCACAUGCAUUGUACGAUAUGCAUUCUGAUCAUUGUGGUCCGAACUUUGUUGGCUUAUGCGAAGCCAUGAAACCUGUUAAAGGACCCGAACUCUUAAUGUAUCUCAGAAAAGUAAACUUCACAGGUAAGUUGUUUGAAAUUAACUAA